GUGACGGCAAGUUGACAGCAUAGUUUACUAAACCAUAGCAAUGGUGACGACACGAUCGAGUCCUAAGAAACGAAAACAGCCUCAGGGCACGCAGCCAAAUCUUGAUCAAGAUCUUGAGGAGGGUGAGGAUGUCGCACCUGAAGACGUCAAGGUCGACAUCGCCGACGCCGAUGGAGCGGGGAAGAAAUUACAACCCAAAGAUUCGAAUCCGCCGAGAUUGUUCAUUAUACCGAAGGGCGUGACUAAAGAGGCAAGAAUUGUUACUUUACCUGAGCCAUCGGAGGGGGCAGCCAGCCGAUAUCUCGUUUGCCCCGAGAAGGGGGUGUACGAGUUCACAAAGGUUUCUGCACCCAAAUCACACGCGAGAUGCGUUCUGCUUGCACCGGAUGACGAGGCCGCCGAGCAUAUCAAGAGCGUCGACGAAGUACGGAAGUCUAGUAUAUCUCAAGGUUAUAUUGCGGAGAGCGCCGAUAUCUUCGUUGCAACUCCGAUCGACCCUGCAUUUCUCCUCCUUCCAAUUCUCGCGCCAGCGUCGACGCAGAACCAGAAACGCCUCUUUGUCGCAUUCGACGACUACGUAGACUCAACUGCGGGCACAUUGCGACAGCUUCUGCGCCAGGGACACAUCCGGAAGCAUUUUGAAUCAAGAUUGGACGUCCUGUGCGACAAGGUCGAGGCGGGAGAUGAAUCCCUCUACCGUCUCUCGACCGACAAGCUUGCCUCAUUACUUGUAUCCAAGGCACAGCGAAUGGUUCGAAACGGCUUGCCCGCGUCCAUGGAAGAGAAGUUCAUCCGUCAAGCAUUGCAAGCGCCGAUACUAAGCAUCAAGCGCGAGGGACCCUUCUCGACCGCUUCCACAACGGAAGAAGCUGCGGCAGGGGAAUCACAAACAUCCUCCGAGAUAUCUUCGCAGAAGGAUUCGACCUUUUCACAGGCCAGCGUCGCAACGAGCGUUACAGCCGUCUCCAUAUCAGAUGAAACUACCACCUCGGAUGUUCCGCAGGAGAUAAAAUCAAAUGAAGCUUCGCCAGAAAUAAAACACCUGCUGCGCCUGCGAACGGCGUUGCAGUACAUGUCGACGAGCUAUAUUCCGUCCCACAUGCGAUCGUCUCUGCACUCCAGCUUUGACACGUUGAUAGACUACUCUGCCCUGGAUGCAUACCUCAAACAGCUCGAGGCCUUGCGCGAGGAAGCGCGGGCCUUGCGCUCGUUGAGUGACAACAUGACUAGGAAGCGAGGUUUGGAUGGUGGUGACGAGGUAGCCGAGGAACGGGCAGAAAAGAAGCGCAAAAAGGAAGAAGAAGAGAAGAAGAGGAAACAAGAGAGCCACGCGUUGAAGCAGCUCAAGAAGGCCGACAUCAGUGGGAUGAAGAAGCUAAGUAGCUUCUUUACUAAGGUGCCCAAGAAGACUUGAUUCAUGGAGAUGAUGAUAGACUUUUGAAAAGAUACCCGUGCCUAAAAGCAUGCAAGCAGUUGGUUUUGAUCAAAGAUGCUUCAAAUAGUAAUACCGUGAUGUGCAUAUAUGUAGUGCUACUUGAGCCUCACAAAUCGAUGAUAUGCGAU